AUGGACCGAACGGUUUUAUUAGUUGCUCCACAGCUUGCGAUAACGCAGCUGCCUUCGUUUUUGGGUGCCAAGGCCUCGCCCCCGCGCUCGCCGCAGCGCUCGCCCAACUCGUCGUUCAUCGGCCUGCCCUUCCCGCGCUCCGGCUCCCCGGCGCCCACCACCCCGCCAAUCCCGCCGGUCAUAUUGCUGGCCAACGGGAAGCCGCUCAAGUCGAGCCUGAAGUCGAGUCGCAGCGCGCCGCACGUGCCGUCCCACCAUCUGCGGGCCCGCUCGGCGCCGUCCACGCCCGCGCUGUCCCCCUCGGGCACGGGCACACCGGAGGAGGCCGAGGAGGAGCACGACCCCGCCGCGUUCGCCGCCGCGCUAGGCAUGGAAGGCGAGUACGUCGAGAGCCCGAGCACCCCGAAGGCGGUGCACUUCCCGCCGCCGGACGACGGGCUCGAGACCGUGCGCGUGUUCAAGAGGACGGCACGGCCCGCGAGCGUGAGCUUCCCGCUCGGCGCGGAGGACGAGACCGAGACCGAAACUGAGACGGACAGCGGGGUAAGGUGGGUGUCGGCGACUGUGGCGGGGAGUGGGAGGGAGGGCGGGAGGCGGACGGUGUCGAGCCCGUUGAACCCGAGUCCGAGGAUGGCGGAGGAGAGGAAGGAGGGGGAGGAGUGGCGGUAUGUUGUGGACGCGCCGGGGAUCCCGCGGGCGAGGGACGGCGCGAGCAUGGUUGUGCUCGAGAGCGUCAGCUUGGAGACGCCCCCCGGCGAGCUCCACCUGCGCGGCACGCUCCUCGUGCGGAACGCCGCGUUCGAGAAGCACGUGUUCGUGCGCUUCACGCUCGACGGGUGGCUCACCACGAGCGAGGUCGGCGCGCGGUACCUCGAAUCGACCACGGCCGGCGAUCCCGCGCCCGGGCCGGGGUGGGACCGCUUCGGCUUCGCGAUACGCCUGACGGACUACGCGCACGUGCAGAAGGGCCGCGGGCUGGUGGGCCGCGAGCUCGAGAUGGUGGCGCGGUUCUGCGUGCCGUGGGUCGCGGAGGGCGGGGCGGCGCCAUAUGUGUGGUGUGAUUCAGAAGAGCCGACAGAGAAGGAGAGGGAAAGAAGGUGGAUGGGGACAGGCGCGCCUGGCCCGGCGGAAUGGUGGGAUAACAACGGGGGGAGGAAUUAUCGCGUUGGGUUCCGCGCGGAGGCGGCCCCUACCCCGCAAGAAGUACCCGUGCCGACGACGGUCCCCCCUCCCGGUCCGCCGCCUUCAUCGGCGCCGCCCGGCCUCCCGACGCCAACGCCGUCGACGAUCCCGUUCCCGCGCUCCUCGCCGCAGUCCACAUCGCCGUUGCAGCCCCCACUGACUACCCUCCCGGUGGCUGGGCCGGUGCCCCCGCCCCCGCCGCCACGGACAGCGCACGCGCAGGCGCUCGCGGCGAAACUCGGCCGACUGAGUCUGCGGAACUAUGCGGCCCCGGCGCCGCGGCCGAGUUCGUGGGCGGGGUUCGUGCACUCGAGUCCGCCACGUGAGCAGUCGAGCCCGCCGCGGCUGUCGCCCCUGGUGAUCAACGAGCCCCUGCCGGCUGCGAAUGCCCAGGCGGGGGUCGGGCUGUACUGGCCGUGGGGCCGGACGGCGGUGGCCCCGGAAGUGGUUGUCACCGAGGUGCCGGAGGACGAGUCGGACUCGGACCGCGAGGGAGAUGGCAACUCGCUGCUGGCGGAGCGAAGGGAGGAGGAGACGCCGCCGACGUCGCCGCUCGGCGCGCGCGGGCUCGCGGGGCUGCUCGAGGCGGGCGACGGCGCGGGGGAGAGCGGGGAGGGGAAGGCGGAGAAGGAGACGGAGGUGCGCGGCCCGCCGACGGGCGCGGAGACGAGCAGCAGUGUGUACCGCGCGUUCGUGCAGCAGUGGUGCUUCGCGGGCGCGGGGUAG